AUGGAUUUGCGACUGAAGUCAUUACAGAACAUGCAUGAAGUUGCAAUUUCUGAAGUUUUGUCUGAAGGGAGUCAAGCUGCUAUGCUGCAACACAGAGUAUCUAAGUUUGAGAUAUUUGAAGAGCUUGCAACUGCUUCAACCACAUCAUCACAAUAUAUUCCUCAAAAAUAUCUGGAAGAUGUUGACACUACCUUAUCCCUAUACCCAGGAUCUGCUGGAAAGAGAUACCCAGAGGCCAAAAGGUUUCUUGGCAGAAAAAAUGGACAAAACAGUUGGCUUAAGCUAUAUGAGGGAGACAGCAGAGAACCACAUAGCUUUGAGUUCUUCCCUCUUUAUCCAGAGAAGUCACUGAGAGGAAAUUAUAAUAUAGACAUCCACAACUCUCCUGGAACAAUCAAAUUAGGUAAACACAUCAAUCAUCAAGAAGACCAGUUUGCAAUAGGUGCUAAAGAAGAUCUGGUCCUCAGUCUAGGGAUAACUCCACAAAGCAAAGAAUUACAGGGUUUCAAAAGACCUCUUCCUCCAAAUGAUGGACAUAGUAACUAUCUUCCAGUAGAUAAGAUCCACUUCAAGCUGGGGCUCAAUCAAGAAUUAGAGUCUGAGAAAGAGGCAAAUAGAUAUAAAGUACACAUUCAAAAAAACAACUCUGGACUCAAAAAGCCUAAACUUGAAGCUAUCGCUGUGGAAAAUGAUCCCAUGGUUAUCAGCCAGUGGGAUUCAUAUACAGGGAUAGAUAGUCAUUGUGAUGGCAACAAUAAAGUGAAUUUGACUACUUCACACAGCCCACCAAAUGAUGUGAAACUGCAUGGCAGUGAGGUUGAACACUUUGAUGGCAAGUCCUUUGAGCUGAGAUAUGUCAUUCCUUUGAACUAUUCAUUGAUUGUUGGCACCUUCCACACAGGAAUGAAUCUUUCUAACCCCUUUGGGACUCGAAAACUAAUUAUACCAGGAAUCACAUGGAACUUCAAACAUUUUCAACUGAUGCAACCAGAGUUACCAGAAUCAUAUAGGUUUCUCAAGGAAGUCAGUGGCCUCCAUCGUUAUUCAAUUCGAGCUCUCUCAAAUUAUCCUGAAUUAGUCUCCAAUCUUCAAAGCCUUAUCAAACAACAGCCUACAUCUAGCACUGGCACACCUGCCAUAAGAAACAUGGUAGUCCUUUUUGUAGGAUUAUGGAUGAGGCAGAGUAAAGUAGCUGAGAUCUAUGGCAUACAACAUAGGACACAUGACUUACAAAUACUAAGUUUUGAAUCAUUGGCUUCUAUCAUUUAUCAUCCGGAAUUCCAAUCACACAAACUUCAAAAGAUCAAUAAUGUUAGACAUAAAAAUGAGUUCUACAGAGUUUUUGAUUUUGUUCAUAAUAUCAAACCUUUCAGACAGACCAAAGGGAAAAGAUCAAUACUCUAUAGUAUUCAAACUGCCAUAUUGAAAAUGUGGAACCACAUUCAACCUCAAGACACAGUAUCCCUCUCAAAGGAAAAUGACAAAAAAUUACAAGACAUACUCCUAAAUGAAAGUGAUCAUGAUUUUUGGAGACUGUGGUGA